AUGUCGUCUCAGGCAGCCCUCUACCCGGGCAGCCUCGUAGGCGCAGCCGCCGCAGCGGGCAUCUGUGGCGGCCUCUUGCUCGGCUUUGUUGCCGGCUUGCUCUCCAUGGCCCCGAUCUCAAGACUCCUCGCCAAGAGCCGGCGUCGAUCGAGACGCAGGAGAGAGACAUGGCAAUUGCCUUUCGGCCAGAAGGAGAAAGUUGACGUCCUGCCAGUCUUUGAUGAGCAGGCGCAGGUCUCUCCUCAUGAACACUUCCAAGCUCACGGCCGAGUGCCCUCCAAUAUGCCCAGCACCCCAACUCUCACGGAUGGCGCUCCGCACUCUCGCAAGGGCACCCUCGUUGAGCGCGCAGGGAUGUCCCACCCCUCCCCAUCGAUGGAGUACGUCUCCUCACCAGCUGUGACCGCCCGCUCCACCUCUCGUUCGGCGCACGAGUCGCCCAUCAACUUCAGCCUCCCCUCGCAGUCCUUGCGCGACCCGUACUCCCUGCGCCGGCCUCCAACGGCAGUGCGCAAAGGGUCCGCCGACUCGGUCCAGUCUUCUCCGUCGCGACCAGUGUACAACCUCUUCACACGGCGACCCUCCUCCCACUCUCGCCAGCCCAGCUACGAGGACUCGCAUCGCUUCGCUCCUCAGCCUCUUUCCCACCCGGCGACGCCUCAGCAGCGCGUGCCGCACCAUCACACUGCCCGAUCGGACGACAGCUCCAUAAUGGCUCUUUACGCCGCAGCGCAGCAGAUCGCUGAGGUCCAAGGGGGCAGUAGCACAGGCUCACGCCGCCCGUCCUUUUCGCGAGGAACACCGCACCAGCGUCAGCCGCAAGCUCCAGCCCCAGGACCCGCGAUGGCAGACGUCCUAGUUCAGCCUGCGCGCUCGCACCUGCGCGAGGGAAAACCAGCGCUCAGUCGCCUCUCCGAGCGGACCAAUGAGCGGUCCAUGACACUCGACGAUACGUCGCACACGACCUCGUCUUCCUCCCCGACGGGCUCAAGCCUCACCACAUCCUUGCCGAAGCGCGGCGUGCUGCCGGCUGAGCCACCGGGCCCCUCCUGGGAUGCCGGGACGCUCCAAGCGCGAGGGAGGGCGCAAGUAUCUUCGAGCUCCUACGAUCCGAACGAUGCGCAUCUAGCCACGCUGCGCAAGCUUGUAUCCGCCAUCCACGAGCACGAUGGCGUCGCAACGGCACAUCAGCUUGGUAGCAGGUUCAGUCCGGACACGCCCUGGGUGCGCCGAACCCCCGGUGGGAGCCCGGCGGUCGUUGGCUCAUACUUUGAGAGGGACGGCGGUGCGGGCCCGGGUAACGAAUCGCACGAGGCCCAAGUCGAGGAACCGAGCGUGCAGAGGUUCAGCGCCGAGUCCCCCGUCAUACCGCGUAACAGCCAGGUGAUGUACAUCGAUUCGAGCCUGGAGAGUCGUAGUCCGCCAACUUCGCCCGUGAGAAGUAGUCAAAUCAGCGGCGGCGGCGGCGUAGCUCCUGCAGCGUCGCCUCGCCGGAAAGCAAUUGAGUGCAGCUCUCACCAACGGCGGCGGCAGCGGGGACGUGGAUGGGUUGUACACCCACUCGCACUCCCUCUCGCACUCGGGCUCGCACUCGGGCUCGGGCACAACACAAACGCGUGA